UUAACAUGGAUUUGAGUUUUGUUAUAAUAUACUGUACGGUGUUCUUGGUAUUGUUUUGGUGGUACCGAAGACCAAAAAGAGCCCCACCUGGUCCAAGAGGGAUUCCCAUAUUUGGAGCAAUCCCUCUAAUGACAAUGAGGCCCGAUAAAAAGUUCUGUGAAUGGAGCAAAAUGUAUGGACCUGUUAUGUCAGUUAGAGUUGGCCGCAGUGACUGGGUGGUCUUGAGUAAUUUUGAUGUCAUUACUGACGCCCUGGUCAAGCAAGGUCAAAAAUUUAUUGGAAGACCCUGGAGUAUGAGUAAGUCUGAACUAGCUGGAGAAGGUCAUGGUCUAAUAUUUUCAAACGGAGAAUUGUGGAAAACUCAAAGAAAAUUUGGUUUUGUCACUUUCAGAGAGGUGGGUGUCGGGAAGAAAAAUUUUGAAGACAUCAUCGAAGAAGAAUGCAAUUUUCUCAUACAUGCCCUUCAAAAACAUGAAGGUCAAGCCUUUGACUGUUCCAAUUACAUCAGAGAUGCGUCAGGCAACAUUGUAUGUAACUUAAUAUUUGGUCGUCGAUUUGAUUGGGAUAGUAAGACAUUCAAGGACUUUUUUAAGUAUGACGGGGUGUCAAAUCCCAAGAAGGCAAUACUAUUAAAUAUAGCAUUGGUGAUUCCCUUUCUAAAAUACCUUCCUCCAUUUCGGAGUGUGAUGAAAGAUGCCCAUGAAACGCUCGAAUCUGUCUUCGAUUGCUAUCGCGAGGAAUUCAAGAUGCAUCAGAGAGAUUUGAAUAUAGAAGAACCCAGGGAUUUCAUCGAUGCUUUUCUAGUACAAAAAAUCCGGAAACACGGUUCUCCAUAUUUUACCGAAAAACAGCUCCGUUUUUACAUUCGAGAUUUAUUUGGAGCCGGUACAGACACCACAUCAAAUACUCUUAUGUGGUGUUUACUUGCUUUCUUACACUAUCCGAAUUAUCAGGAUAAAAUAUACUCUGAAAUAUGCGAGGUCGUCGGUGAAGAUGGAUUUCCAUCGAUGUCCGAUCGAGGCUCUAUGCCCUUUACAAUGGCCUACUUGCACGAAAUUUUGCGAUGUUGCAGUGUUGCGCCACUAUCUGUGCCCCGCAGGACGACAUGUGAUGUUGAAAUCAAUGGCUACGUUAUCCCAAAAGAUUCUCAAGUUAUCACCAAUUAUUGGUGCGUUCACAAUAAUCCGGACGUAUUUGUUCAGCCACAUGAAUUUAAACCAGAAAGAUUCAUAAGUCCAGAAGGGAAGUUCAUCGCUUCAAAGCAUGUUAUGCCAUUCUCUAUAGGCCCGAGGAACUGCCUUGGAGAACAAGUAGCUAGAAUGGAAUUGUUCCUCUUCGUCGUAUCGAUUAUUAGGUCGUUUGUCAUAAAAGCGGAUCCUGCGUCCGAAUUGCCAAAACUUGAUGACGGGAAUCUCGGCACCACGUACUCGACUCGACCUUUCAAAAUGAUAUUUGUCUCACGCAAUUGUUCUACUAUGAAAUAAUGUAAUGAAUAAUUUCACAGUUGUAUUGAGAAUAUAUUUUACUUUGUUUAUGAUGAUGAACUAUUUGUUUAUAAUUGACUACAUACAUUUAGUUUGUGCUUUCAAUUUCAUUUUAGCUGCUGGUCGACCU